UUGAUCAGAUUUACUUAAAUGUAGGUUUUCAAGGUUUACGAACAACUUGUUUAUUAUCGAGAUCACCAGUAAGUAGAAGCAAUAGUGAUUGGGAAGAAGAUCAAGAUUUUCUAGAAUCAAGUGGAGAGGCAGGAACUGAACAGGAUGGAAGAAAACAGGAAGAUACUCCUGAUAGCCAAAGUGUCUUAAGGUUAUUAGAAGAAGGUGAAAAGAUUAGCCAUAUGUUUCGUUGUGCAAGAAUUCAAGGUCUUGAUACAUGUGAAGGACUGCUGUUAUUUGGAAAAGAACAUUUUUACGUCGUUGAUGGAUUUACAUUGUUAAAAACACGAGAGAUUAGAGAUAUUGAUUCUUUACCUGCCAAUAUGCAUGAUCCUAUUAUACCCAAUUCAUCACCAAGAAGCAAACAUCAAAAAAGAAUGUGUAGUAAGUUUUCGUACGAUGACAUAAGAGAAGUGCAUAAAAGAAGAUACCUUUUACAGCCUAUAGCUUUGGAAGUAUUUUCUGCUGAUGGAAGAAAUUAUCUUUUGGCCUUUCCACGUAAAGUAAGAAAUAAAGUUUAUGCGAGAUUCUUAAGUGUAGCAACAGCAAUAACAGAUAAUGCUCAAGAUUCAUUAUCUGGCCAAAAAAGAGGUGCAAAUGUUGAAUCCAGUGCAAGUCUGUUGAGUAACUUAAUAGGAGAAACAUCAGUUACUCAAAGAUGGGUGAGGGGAGAAAUAAGUAAUUUUCAAUAUCUAAUGCAUUUAAACACACUUGCUGGAAGAUCAUAUAAUGAUUUGAUGCAGUAUCCAGUUUUUCCAUGGGUUUUGGCAGAUUAUGAUUCAGAGGAAUUGGAUCUAAACGAUUCACAAACAUUUAGAGAUUUUACAAAACCAAUGGGAGCACAAACACCGGAUAGAUUAGAACAGUUUAAGAAACGAUAUAAGGAAUGGGAUGAUCCUCACGGAGAAACACCACCAUACCACUAUGGAACAUUCUAUUCUUCUGCUAUGAUAGUCGCUUCUUAUUUGGUACGAAUGGAACCAUUCACUCAACACUUCCUUCGUUUGCAGGGUGGACAUUUUGAUCUUGCCGAUCGUAUGUUUCACAGUAUUAAGGAUGCAUGGUUGUCAGCAUCCAAACAUAACAUGGCUGAUGUAAAGGAGCUUAUUCCUGAAUUUUUUUAUUUACCAGAAUUUCUUAUUAAUUCCAAUCAUUUUGAUCUAGGAUGUAAGCAGAAUGGCAUUCAGUUAGAUGACAUUGUAUUACCUUCAUGGGCAAAAGGAGAUGCCAGAGAAUUUAUUCGUGUUCAUAGACAGGCCUUAGAAUGUGAUUAUGUGAGUGCUCAUCUUCACGAGUGGAUCGAUUUAAUUUUUGGUUAUAAACAACAAGGUUCUGCAGCUGUGGAAGCUGUCAAUGUCUUCCAUCAUCUCUUUUAUGAGGGAAAUGUUGAUAUUUACAAUAUUGACGAUCCAUUAAAGAAAAAUGCAACUAUAGGUUUUAUAAAUAACUUUGGACAAAUUCCUAAACAACUUUUCAAGAAGCCUCACCCAUCAAAAAAAUUAACUAACAGAACUAGUGUAGUUGAUCCAGGUCCUAUUAUGCCAGGUCUUAGCUAUAGUAUGGAUAAAUUAUUUUUUCAUAAUCUAGAUAAUCUGAGACCAUCUUCUCAUUCAAUAAAAGAUUUAAAAAGUGCUGUUGGCCAGAUUAUUCAUCAAGAAAAAUCUUUACAAUGUGUGGAACAAAAUAAAAUACUAAUUCCUCCACACUAUAAUCGCUAUGUAGCUUGGGGUUUUGCAGAUCAUAGUUUGAGGAUAGGAAAUUACGAAAGUGAGCGAGCCACAUUUGUCUGGGAAGAUACGCCUUCUGGUGAAAUUCUUUGCUGUGCCUGUCUUAGUGAAAAAAUCAUCAUUACUGCCGGAACAAAUUCUAUGGUUACUGUUUGGCAAUGUGAUAAGAAAAAGUUUACAAUCAAACAAAAUUUAUAUGGACACAGUGAACCGGUAACCUGUGUUGCUGCCUCACGUGCUUACAAUUUAAUUGUCAGCGGUUCUCGAGAUCGUACUUGUAUUAUGUGGGAUUUAAGUAAUUUAUCAUUUGUCAGACAAUUAAAAGGUCAUCCUGCUCCUGUGGCAGCAGUUGCAAUCAAUGAUGUCACGGGUGAUAUUGCUACAUGUGCUGGAACUUAUUUAUAUGUUUGGACUAUUAAUGGGCAAGAAAUAGCUAGUGUUAAUACAGCUACUGGUCGUAGUGAUCGCACCCAACAAAUUCUGUGUGUUGCAUUUUCAUAUUUAAAUGAAUGGGAUAACCAGAAUGUAGUGAUGACAGGCUCAAGUGAUGGGGUUGUUCGGAUGUGGUCCACAGAUUAUGUUCAAGUUCCAAAAGAUCUGGAUAAUAAAAUAAAACUAGAUAAUGUAGAAGAAUUAGAAACAAUUGAAAAUAAAGAAUCUAAAUUAACAAAUCAAACAAAAGAACAAAAUAAUGUAAAUGAAAGCAAAGCUGAACAGAUUGUGAGAAGAAUGAGCCUUGCAGGAACAGAACAAGAGGAAACUUUGUUUGGAGAAAGUUUGUUGCAGCGGAAUUCUCUUCGACAUGGUACAGCUGCUGUAGUAGUAUCAAAAAUACCUAAAAGUGCUUCAGGAAGUUCAAUAUCUGAAGAAGAGAAAGAAGAAGGUGACUGUGUUUCUCUAGAAGAUGAUGGUGAUGCAAUAUCACAACAGUCUUGGGAAAGCAAGGGUGAAAAUGAUAAUAUAAACAAUCAUUUGGAUGCAAAAAGUGGACUGCAGUACGGACUCCAACAUUCAAAAACGGUUGCCGGCCAUCUUAGUCGACAGUGUACAAUAGAAGAGGAACCUGCUCCUCCUGAAGUUCCGGUAGUCGUCAAACCAACUAUUUUUCAUAGCAAUACUGUGGGUAGUGGUGCAACAGAAGAUAAUACUGGAGAAGAAGGAAGGGGCUUGAGAAUCAGCAAAUCAGAUACAUCACUAACAGAUAGUUUUGUUUUAGUUUCUGAAGGAGAUAUAUUUGAAGCGGAAAGAUCGUCAGAUCAAACGAUGAGAAGAAAAACGAAGAAAAAAAUUUUAAGAGAAGGAUUUGAAUGGCAGUGUCAACUCGUCUUUCGUAGCAAACUGACAAUGCACACGGCAUUCGACAGAAAAGACAACACGGAACCCGCUGCAGUAACAGCACUGGCAGUUUCUAAAGACCACAAGUGCGUGUAUGUGGGAGAUGCGAGAGGACGUGUGUUCAGCUGGAGUGUCACUGAUCAUCCAGGAAGGGCCAUGGCUGAUCACUGGGUGAGAGACGAGGGUGGCGACAGCUGCGUGGCCUGUGGGGUGAGAUUUUCGUUUGCCGAACGCCGCCACCACUGCAGAAACUGUGGCCAGCUCUUCUGCUCCAGGUGCAGCAGAUUUGAGUCAGAGAUCAGCCGCCUACGCAUUCUAAAGCCGGUCAGAGUGUGCCAAGCCUGUUACGGUAUCCUGAAAGCCCAAGCCUCCGAAAACACUUCUUCCUAAUGGUGACGCAGCUGGCCGGGACAACUUUCGCCACCGAGAAUAAAAACAUAGCACAGCAGUGAAAUACAUAUCUUCAGCAGUAGACACUACUCCAUAGAAACUGCCAAAAUAAAAGUGUAUGCAUUCCAUUGUUAUAUAUUGAGGCUUCAUGACCAAAAAAAAACCAACUAUUUAUGCGGCUCAUUGUAAAUGUGAAGUGUUUUAAAAACUGGUAAAUAACAACGGGAUUAUCUUUUCCAAUAUCCUGUAAAUAAAUUAAUGUGUAGAAAUUGAUUGGAUGUUGAAUAAAACAAUUCCCACUGUAGUCUAAAUUUUCUUGUAAUAAAAACAUCUAUUUAGUAAUAAAUUCCAUCACCAA